AUAACGAAUUCAUGAGUUCUUUUGAUAAUUUUGUACUACUCGAGAUAGGUGUUAGGGUUGAAGUUCAUGAGAAGAAAAUCUCUCCAUCCUACUUUUAAAUUCUACAAGCAUGAGAUUCCUUACAAGCAGGAACCUUGAAAGUUUGAUCUGUUAGCCAAGAGUUGGAUUGGGUGAAAUUAAACUUUCUUCAGAUUAAGAUAAGUAUUGAUCAUAUUAUUUGAUGUAGAUUGGGUUGUUGAUUGUUCUUUCCUUAAGGUGACUGGAGACUUGUUCUUACUAAAGUUCUUUCCUUACGAAAUCAUGUCCAUAAAGUGUUUGAUUAAAUGUUUCUUAAGAGUUCCUUGGAGGGUGUCAUGGGGUUGAGCAAAACUGAAGUGAACUUGAAGAGGUUACUUGUAACUGCACCACAACAGCAAAAUCAAGCAAAGCUUAUACAUUAUGCUGCCACUUUGCGGGAACUACUGGAGCAGUUGGCUGAAGAGAGGAAUCCUGAUGGAUUAGCAAGGGUUUCAAAAGCCAAGGUGAAUGAAUAUGCUGAGAACAUUGAAGCUGUUGCUGCCAAGUUAGCUGUGCCCAUGUUUGACGUGCAUACACCCGAGGAACCUGUGGCUGAGACUUCCAGCAGUGGAACUCCUAAAGCAGAAGAAAGUGUGAAUUCUGCUUCUGAAGGAUUGAGAAGAAGAUUUGGGGUCCAUUCAAACAAUGAGGAGAGAUCUCGUGAUACCAUUGAUUUUGAUCAAUCAUCAGCUGCAGUCAAACUGGAUGAUGCUGCACGAACAGAUAUUGAGAAGCACAGGAAACUUCAGGAGGAUUUGACGGAUGAAAUGGUUGUUUUGGCACGGCAGCUCAAAGAGAGCAGUCUCAUGAUGAAUCAAUCCAUCAAAAAUACUGAGAAAAUACUUGACUCAACUGAGAAAGCAGUUGAGCAUAGCCUGGCAAGUACAGGGCAUGCAACUUCCAGAGCUAUGGACGUCUAUUCUCGGAGUUUCAAGACUACAUGCUUCCAGUGGCUUUUGAUCUUUGUCAUGACAUUAGUCUUUGUCAUGGUUGUAUUACUUAUUCGAGUGACUUAGCAGCCAACCUCUUUGUUACUGGAGAUAUAACAGAACUCUUGCCUUUUCUCUAUCUUUUGUAUAGUACCAGAUGAUACCUCAUUAGUAGGGACAUGUUCAGAGGAUAAACAAUUCUUUAGAUGCUGAAAGAGAAAUUCAAAACCACCUGCAUUACUCUCCUUUUCUUAUUACUUUUUAAAUUAAUUUUACUCAAGUGUUAUGCUUUAUGUUGGA